UAUAUGGAAAUCGAGCGACGGUAAAAGACAUACGUAUUCUUUGCAUACGUCUUUAUAUGUGAAGUAAAUUUAAGGUCAAAUUUUAGGCGAAAAUGCAAGUUAAAAAUAUUACACCUCGUGCCAUCUAUACGCUGAGCACACGAACUCAAUUAGCUAACGCCGGCAGUAGAAUUGUUUAUCAGCGCCUCGUUCCCCAAGCUUCAAUUGCUCAAACGGCUCCAACAAGAUCACAUUUUUCGUAUAAUAAACAAUUAGCAGAAGUAAAGUCAGGAUUUGGCAUUUUUACUGCAAAUUAUUCUACGAACAUGUCUGGAAACCUGAAACUUUUGAAUGAGGGCGUGGGUGAAAGUGACCCCGAACUGUACUCCAUUAUAAAGGCGGAGAAGAAACGCCAAACUGUUGGUUUGGAAAUGAUUGCUAGUGAGAAUUUUACAUCCGUCUCCGUUUUGGAAUGCUUGAGUUCUUGCCUGCAUAAUAAGUAUUCCGAAGGCAUGCCUGGCAAGCGGUACUAUGGUGGCAAUGAAUUUAUUGAUGAAAUAGAACGUCUUGCUCAAAAACGUGCACUUGAAGCAUUUCGUCUGAAUCCGGAAGAGUGGGGUGUCAAUGUGCAGCCUUAUUCGGGUUCGCCAGCAAAUUUUGCCGUUUACACUGCGCUCUGUCAACCCCACGAUCGUAUAAUGGGUCUUGAUUUGCCCGAUGGUGGUCAUUUAACACACGGUUUCAUGACAGCCAAUAAACGUAUUUCAGCAACAUCGAUUUAUUUCGAAAGUAUGCCUUAUAAAGUGGACGUACAAACGGGUCUAAUCGAUUACGAUCAAUUGGAAGCGAAUGCCAAACUCUUCAGACCGCGUGUAAUCAUAGCCGGUGUUUCGUGUUACUCACGUUGUCUUGACUACGCCCGUUUUCGUAAAAUCUGUGAUCAAAAUGAUUCAUAUCUUUUUGCCGAUAUGGCUCACAUUGCUGGUUUGGUGGCGGCCGGUUUAAUUCCGUCACCAUUUGAAUUUGCCGAUGUGGUAAGCACUACGACACACAAAACGUUGCGUGGUCCACGUGCUGGUGUCAUAUUCUAUCGCAAGGGUGUGCGUAAAGUGCUGCCAAAUGGUGAUAAAGUAGCAUAUGAUUUAGAGGAUCGCAUCAAUGGAGCAGUCUUCCCAGGUCUACAAGGUGGCCCACACAACAACACUAUUGCCGGAAUUGCAACCGCCUUUAAACAAGCUAAAACUACAGAGUUUGCUGAUUACCAACGACAAGUGAUUAGCAAUGCCCGUCGCCUUUGUGAUGGUUUGAUCAAGCGAGGCUACAAUGUUGCUACCGGUGGCACUGAUGUUCAUUUAGUACUACUCGACUUACGUAAUAUCGGUUUAACUGGAGCCAAAGCCGAAUAUAUUUUAGAGGAAGUAAAUAUUGCUUGUAACAAGAACACAGUGCCUGGUGACAAAUCAGCGUUGAAUCCAUCUGGUAUACGUCUUGGUACACCAGCAUUAACUACUCGUGGCUUAGUGGAGAGUGAUAUUGAUGCCGUUGUGGAUUACAUAGAUCGUACUUUGAAACUAUGUGUUGAAGCAACUAAAAUUUCAGGCCCCAAAUUGGUGGAUUUCAAGCAAACUUUGAAGUCGAAUAACGAAGUUGCAGAGAAGUUGGGUAAACUGCGCAGCGACAUUGAAGAGUUUAGCGCGAAAUUUCCACUGCCCGGUCUUACAGCUAUUUAAAUAAUGUUCCAUUGUAUAAUGUAUAAUUUCCGAAAUAAAAAUUUUAUUUUUAUAA